GGUAAAGUACCUUAAAUAGCUGCUAUACAUUUUACUUUUGGUAUUUUAUUGUGAAAAAGUUAUAUUUAAUAAAACGAUAAUGUGUAAAUAAUUUUUAAAAAGUUAAGUUUUUUUUUUGUUUUUGGAAGAGGACUUUCUUAAAUUUAACGUGAAAAUAAUUUAGAUGAGUCAAACUUUUAUUUUUAAGAAACCCAAGUGGAUGCCAAAAGUUGCGCGCGUGUCAGGCGCUCCUUGCGCCACCCACAACAAACUUUGUGACCUCCUCCUCCUGUGUGACGCCACGCAGGAGGAGGGAUGGCUCUUUAAAAAUGGAAAAAGACACGCAGCGCACGAAGAGUCUUCACGCGUUUCCAGCGAUCCUCAGCCGCAGGAUGUUUCCGCGCGCCGCCGCGCACCAGCAGCCGCGCAGACAGAUAUGAGGAUUGUUUGUUUUGCGUUCAGCUUGAUUUGUAGAGUCCAAGAGAUCAUCCCAGCGAGAUAGCCCCCCACGGCCGCCGCUUCUUCUUGCUUUCAGACGCUCAGAAAAGCGCCACACUUUGGAGAUUUGAAGACGCCCGUGGAGUUUUGGCACACCUGGACCCGAUUUGAAGUUUGCCAACAUGAGUUCCGAUAAGAGCAAAGUGGAGGAUGAAGCAGUUGUGGACAGAGGAGCGGCUUUUGUCAAACAUAUCUGCGAUGAGGAGGAAGUAGAGGGCCACCACACAGUCUACAUCGGCGUCCACGUUCCCAAGAGCUACCACCGGAGGAGACGCCACAGGCGCAAGUCCAGUCACAAGGAAAAGCGGGAGCGCGCCGAGCACAGCACAGAGGGAUACAAGUCUGAUGGGGAGAACGACUCCAGCGCCUGUAUCCUCAAACCUCUCAUUUCCCCAGCUGAAAGGAUCCGCUUCAUCCUUGGCGAGGAGGAUGAUGGCCCGCCGCCUCCUCAGCUCUUCACCGAGCUGGACGAGCUUUUGUCCGUGGACGGGCAGGAGCUGGAAUGGAAGGAGACAUCCAGAUGGAUCAAGUUUGAGGAGAAGGUGGAGAAGGGCGGUGAGCGUUGGAGUAAGCCCCAUGUUGCCACGCUGUCUCUGCACAGCUUGAUGGAGCUGAAAGCGUUCAUUGAAAAGGGAACGGUUAAGUUCGACAUGGAGGGGGCCACCCUGCCGCAGGUGGUCGAGACGAUCAUCGACAGCCAGAUUGAGUCUGGGCAGCUGAAGGCCAGCCUCAAGGAGAAGGUCAUGUACACACUGCUGAGGAAGCAUCGCCACCAGACCAAGAAGUCCAAUUUCCGUUCACUCGCAGAUAUCGGAAAGAGUGUCUCCAGCGCAAGUAGGCUGUUCUCAAACCAGGAGAACGCACGCAACCCCCUCGACAAUCCUGUGCCUUCUUUAACUCCCCAAGAGUCUCUGGAAUCAUGCGAGGUCAUGAGGAGCUCCAGCAUGGGAUACCUUUGCAGUCCAACCACCUCGCACCGGAACCUCACCUCCAACAGUUUGAGCGACUUCUCAGACAAACCAGAGAAAGAUCAGCUGAAGAAUAAGUUCAUGAAGAAGCUGCCCCGCGAUGCUGAGGCAUCAAAUGUGCUGGUUGGUGAGGUGGAUUUCCUGGAAGCCCCGUUGGUGGCAUUCGUUCGCCUGCAGCAGGCCGUCAUGCUCGGGGCGCUCACUGAAGUACCUGUUCCCACAAGGUUUCUGUUUAUCCUGUUGGGCCCGAAAGGAAAAGCUAAGUCUUAUCGGGAGGUUGGAAGAGCCAUCGCUACGCUGAUGUCGGAUGAGGUUUUCCAUGACAUUGCUUACAAAGCAAAAGACAGGCAGGACCUGUUGGCUGGAAUCGACGAAUUCCUGGAUGAAGUGAUCGUCCUGCCUCCCGGCGAGUGGGACCCUGACAUCAGGAUUGAGCCACCCAAGUCCCUGCCCUCUUCAGACAAAAGAAAAAAUAUGUAUGCUGGAUUAGAGGCGCCUCAGAUGAACGGCGACACUCCCCACGACACGGGGAACGGAGGGGGUGGCGGCGGCGGCGGAGGACACGAAGUUGGAGAGGAGCUCCAGUGCACAAAGAAGUUUUGUGGGGGUCUCGUCCUCGACAUCAAGAGGAAACUGCCAUUCUUCGCCAGCGACUUUGUCGACGCGCUCCACAUCCAAUCUCUGUCUGCCAUCUUGUUCAUCUAUCUGGGUACUGUCACAAACGCCAUCACGUUCGGAGGCUUGCUUGGAGACGCCACGGAAAGCAUGCAGGGAGUGUUGGAAAGUUUCCUGGGAACGGCGCUGUCCGGAGCGGUGUUCUGCCUGCUGGCGGGUCAGCCGCUGACGAUUCUCAGCAGCACAGGCCCGGUGCUCGUCUUUGAACGCCUCCUGUUCACGUUCAGCAGAGAGAACAACUUUGACUACCUUGAGUUCCGGCUGUGGAUCGGCCUGUGGUCGGGUAUAUUCUGUCUGGUGCUGGUCGCCACGGACGCCAGCUUCCUGGUGCAAUACUUCACCCGCUUCACCGAGGAGGGUUUCUCAGCUCUCAUCAGCUUCAUCUUUAUUUAUGACGCUUUCAAGAAGAUGAUCAAGCUGGCGCACCACAACCCCAUCAGCACGGACUACAACAGCGACCUCGUCACCCAGUACGACUGUCGCUGCAUUCCUGGCAACUCAUCAGAUGACCUUGAUAUUUUUGCCUGGACAAACAGUACAGAUGGUCCCGAUCUGCCGGUGAAUUUCACCUGGGCGUCCGUGACCAAAGACGACUGUGAGAGGUUUGGUGGACAGCUGGUGGGAGCGGCCUGCAAGUACGUGCCUGACAUCACCCUGAUGUCCUUCAUCCUGUUCUUUGGGACCUACGCCUGCUCCAUGGGUCUGAAGAAGUUCAAGACGAGCCGGUUCUUCCCCACGAUGGUGAGGAAGCUCAUCAGCGACUUCGCCAUCAUUUUGACCAUCCUCCUCUUCUGCGGCGUGGACGCCUUGGUCGGCGUGAACACCCCAAAGCUCAUCGUGCCUAGUGAAUUCAAGCCCACAAGCCCACAUAGGGGCUGGUUUGUUGCCCCUUUCGGAGGAAACCCCUGGUGGGUGUACCUGGCAGCUGCUCUCCCCGCCCUGCUUGUUACCAUUCUAAUAUUUAUGGACCAGCAGAUCACUGCUGUGAUUGUUAACAGGAAGGAGCACAAACUAAAGAAAGGGGCCGGGUAUCACCUGGAUCUGUUCUGGGUGGCCGUCCUGAUAAUCAUCUGCUCCUUCAUGGGCCUGCCGUGGUACGUCGCUGCCACCGUCAUUUCCAUCGCCCACAUCGAUUCCCUGAAAAUGGAGACGGAGACGUCGGCGCCCGGAGAGCAGCCGAAAUUCCUGGGCGUCAGGGAACAGAGAGUUACCGGUAUCUGCGUGUUCCUCCUAACAGGACUCUCUGUCUUCAUGGCUCCAAUCCUCAAGUUCAUUCCCAUGCCUGUGCUUUACGGCGUGUUCCUGUACAUGGGCGUGGCGUCGCUCAACGGCGUUCAGUUCAUGGACCGCCUGCAGCUGCUGCUCAUGCCGGCCAAGCACCAGCCAGACCUGAUCUACCUGCGCCACGUCCCCCAGCGGCGCAUCCACCUCUUCACCUUCAUCCAGGCCCUUUGUCUCGCUCUUCUCUGGAUCCUCAAGUCCACCGUGGCCGCCAUCAUUUUCCCCGUCAUGAUUUUGGCGUUAGUCGCCGUCCGAAAGGCGAUGGACUACGUCUUUUCCCAGCACGACCUCAGCUACCUGGACGACGUGAUCCCAGAGAAGGACAAGAAGAAGAAGGAGGACGAGAAGAAGAAGAAGAACAAGAAGAAGGGAAGCAUUGACAGCGAGAUGGAAUUUUCUGACUACCCCUACCAUGACAAUAUUCCCACUAUAAAAAUCUCUAUGGAAAUGGAGCAGGAGCCCAUGUUGGCGGAUAAAUCUGUGGAUAGAGAUGAGCCGAAAGCUUUCUUUAACGCCCAUUCACCGUGCUGAGAGCUACUUUGAAUCUCCCACUGUGUAAAGAUUACCGCAUCCACGGUUCACCUCGGAUUCGGAUAGAGCGAGAGGUUUCCGGCUCCCUCCUGAGGAAGGGCUCCGAAUCGGAACUGUGAAAAAACAAACAAACUGCUAAUUCGUCUGCACCGCAGUGCCGCUUCAUCACGGUGGUUUUUCCUUCUCCCCAAUGUCCCCCGGAAGUAUUUCUCCUAAUAUAAUGAAGGCAGCAAAUUGAAACUAACCCUGCAGGGUUUCCUGCAGAAAACAAAAGCACUACUGAAUGCAGUUUUAACGAUUUUAUUCUUAUUAAUUUAUCAAAGGUGUGUGAUUGUCAGAGGUCCAGGACAAAACAUGAUAUAGAGAUAUUGUAGUUUUAUACUGGAGUUUUUAAUUUCUUUUUUAUAUAAAGAACAUCGAACGUAUCUUUUUUUUUUUUUCCACACCGUACUGUAAAAGUUCUGGAAAACAUCGCAGAGGUACUGCGGAGGAUCAGGAGUCCUCCUUUAAACGUGGUGAACAAAAGGGCUUCCUUAAGUAUGUAUUUAUUGUUUUAUUGAGUAUUUAUUCACCUCUAGAAGGCUUGUCCCCCUUUUUUUAUACCUAAAUAAAUAUAAGCUCACCGUAAAAUAACCAGAAAAUCUCAAUAAUUGCUCUAACAUCUUUGGUGGUGCAGAAAUCCAGAACAUUUUGAAGUUCACUCCUUAUUUUUUGUUGGUGCCGGAAUAUUUUCCUAAAAUCACUAAUUUGUAUAAAUAUUCACAUUUUUUUCAUCGGGGUGAAAUUACAUAGAUUUGCCUUUAUUUAGAAGGAUUACUGCACCGAUUUUUUGUUAGAAAUAAAGAAAAAACUGUUCAUGUGUGGUAAUAAAACUUUUAUUUUCAUGUCGUAUUUUCAAAUUCUGGCGCAACAAAAAUUUAAAACCAAAGCAGCUCAAAAACGAGUCAAUCACGUCUGUUUUUAAAUCAUAUCCGGUCGACUGAUUCAGCCCUUGAUUACCUUUCUAACUCAUAUAUCAUUGUAAAAUUUAAAUCAAAAUAAUCACUGUGAGAUGUACACUAUCCAGUUGUGGAAGAACUACUGUUUCAUAGAAGUACAUAUAAAUAUAUUCUUAUUUUUGCCUCAAAAUUGUAAUUUUUGAGGCAUUUUUGUUCAUGCUCCACUCUGAUUUCACCCUGCAAUCAUGUGCAAUAACGUUUAGAAUCUGUUCAUUUGACUGGAUCGUGCUUCCGUCGCAGAUCAAAGCGCACACAGGUACCAAACAAACAUGCUGGGAAGCUGAAGACUGACCCAAAAAGCAACGCUUGGUUCUGUAUUCUGUAUAUUUUGACAUCUGACUCAAUAAUUGUUGUAUUUUAUUUUCUUUUAAUACAGAAACUACAAAAACUAUUUUGUACAAGCAUCUUAAGUGCUCAAAUAACUGUAUGUUACUCAAAUGUUUUUUUUUUUUUUUUUUUGGAGUAGGGUUUUAAAUGAGCAAUAAAGUGAUCCAAAUGAUUCUUAAA